AUGUCAUUUGGUUCUAAAGCUGCUCAAAGAUUAGCUAAUAAAGUUAUUUUAAUCACUGGUGCAAGUUCUGGUAUUGGUGAAGCUACCGCUAGAGAAAUUACUCAAGCUGCUGCUGGUAAUGUUAAAUUGAUUCUUGCUGCAAGAAGAGAAGAUAGAUUAAGUACAUUGACUUCAGAAUUACUUAAAUCAUUUCCUUCUGUUAAAAUACAUAAUGCUAAACUAGACGUUUCAGUUCAAGAGUCAAUUGAACCUUUUAUCAAUAGUUUACCAAAAGAAUUUGCCGAUAUCGACGUAUUGGUAAAUAACGCUGGUAAAGCCUUAGGUAAAGAUCAAGUUGGAGACUUAUUACAAGAGGAUAUUCAAGGGAUGUUUCAAACAAAUGUCUUGGGGUUAAUCAAUUUAACUCAAGCAGUCUUACCAAUAUUUAAGAAAAAAAAUUCUGGUGAUAUAGUUAAUAUUGGUUCUGUUGCUGGCCAUGAAUCUUACCCAGGUGGUUCAGUCUAUUGUAGCUCCAAAGCUGCAGUUAAGUUUUUCAGUCAAUCUCUUAGAAAAGAAUUGAUUAAUACUAAAAUUAGAGUAUUGGAAGUUGAUCCCGGUGCAGUUGAAACUGAAUUCUCUCUUGUUAGAUUUAAACAAGAUGCUCAAGCUGCGAAGAAAGUUUACGAAGGUACAACUCCUUUAGAUGCUUCUGAUAUUGCUGAAAUCAUUGUUUUUGGGCUAUCUAGAAAACAAAACACCGUUAUUGCAGAAACUUUGGUCUUCCCAAGCCAUCAAGCUUCUUCUGUUCAUGUCCAUAAAGGUUAA